AUGGCGGCCAGCUCGGAUCGGAUUCCUCCUCCUUUCCCCUCAGAGGAGCCGGGAGCCGGACUGUCUGACAUGGCAGACGGGGACAGCGACGAGGGAGAGGACAUCUUCGUCAGUAACAGUAACCCUGUGGCUGUCAGUCGAGGAGUUUCUCAGCCCGACCACGUCAGCGAAGAGCCUCCAGAUCUGUUCAGUGAGGAGGAGGCCAGCAGCACCACUGCCAAAUCCAACGGAGUUCACUCCGAUGAUGACAACGACCUGUUUGCAGAGGCACAUGUGGAGCUCAGCACAGACACGGCCGACAGCUCUGCUUGCAAGGAGCUCUCCACCUCCUCUGGCCCCCGUCCUGCCUCCUCCUUCACUCAGAGCCCUGCAGCCAUGCAGCCCACCUCCUUGGAGCAGUUGGAGGAGGAGGAAGCCAAGGACAGUUUUGACGUGGAUGUUGCCGUCACAAACCCAGAGAAAGUUGGAGACGGCAUGAAUGCAUAUGUGGCCUACAAAGUAUCCACCAGGACCUCCUUGGCCAUGUUCAAGAGUAAAGCCUUCUCUGUGAGGAGGCGUUAUAGUGACUUUUUGGGUCUUUAUGAGAAGCUGUCGGUCAAACAGACGCUCCACGGCUGCAUCAUCCCACCACCACCAGAGAAAAGUGUCGUAGGAAUGACCAAAGUGAAGGUGGGAAUGGACGACCCGUCAUCGGUAGAGUUUGUGGAGAGAAGAAGAGCAGCUCUGGAGAGGUAUCUUCAGAGAGUGGUGUCUCAUCCGUUGUUACUACAAGAUCCUGACGUGCGUGAGUUCUUGGAGAGGGAGGAGCUACCCAGAGCAGUGAACACGCAGGCACUGAGUGGAGCCGGCUUUCUCAAGAUGAUCAAUAAGGCGUCAGAUGCUGUCAACAAGAUGACCAUCAAGAUGAAUGAAUCUGACACUUGGUUCGAGGACAAGUUCCAGGAGGUGGAAAAUGAGGAGCAGCAGUUGAGGAAGCUCCAGGCCGUGGUCGACUCUCUGGUCAACCACAGAAAGGAGCUGUGUGGGAACACGGCAGUAUUUGCCAAAAGUAUGGCCAUGUUGGGAAACUCUGAAGACAACACAGCCCUGUCGAGGGCCCUCUCCCAGCUGGCAGAGGUGGAGGAUAAGAUGGAGCAGCUGCAUCAGGAGCAGGCGGCCAGUGACUUCUUCAUCUUCGCAGAGCUGUUGGCCGACUACAUUCGCCUGCUGGGUGCUAUGCGGGGGUGUUUUGACCAGCGCGUGCGGGCGUGGCAGCGAUGGCAGGAGGCUCAGAGCACACUCCAGAAGAAGAGAGAGGCCGAGGCAAAGCUGCUGUGGGCCAACAAGCCGGACAAACUGCAGCAAGCCAAAGAAGACAUCACUGAGUGGGAGGCGAAGGUCACUCAGUACGAGAGAGAUUUCGACAGAAUUGGCAUGACUGUACGCAAGGAGGUUCUCAGGUUUGAGAAAGAAAAAGCCAAGGACUUCAGGACCCAGAUAGUCAAAUAUUUGGAGGCAAUGCUGCAGUCUCAACAACGGCUUGUAAAGUUUUGGGAGGCGUUCCUGCCUGAGGCAAAGGCAAUAGCUUAAUGAAGAGGGAGACUUUUUAAAGACCCCAACUGCCUUUUUUAACACUUUACCUCUUGACCAGGAACUGAGAGGACAAUUUUGAAACACACAAGAAACUUCCAUCCAUUUUUUUCUUUCUUUUGUCUUUUUAAUCAUAGUGUAUUCUCUUAUCUUGUACAGUUCUUUUUGAUAUAAUAAGCUGCCGCAUUUACGAAACAUUUCUUUGGCAUAAUUCCUUGUUUAUGAUUGAAAGAUGGUAUAAAGCAGGAGAUGCACCUGGCCGUAGUAUUUGUAAAAUCCCACUGUCUUCAGUGGGCUAUAUAUUUAUGUUUCUUGGUUAAACCAGUAUAAUAAAGUGUUAACACAGAGGUACUGCCCUUGAGCAACAUUGUCUAUAGUUUACAUUAGAAGAUAGACGUUUGUAAGUCAUUCCAGCCUCUAACAGCUUAUGUUGAUGGAUGCAUGUCAGAUACCGUUUCGAUGCACUAAAAUGCAUUUCACAGUUGGAAAAGCUGUUUUUUAAACAAAAUACCACUAUUGAUGACUGAGGUCAUUUACCAGGAGUAUUAGCACAUUGUUAUUGCAACACAUAUUAGAUCAUAGAAAUCAUAUUAAAACUCACAUUUGGUGAGGUUACAGGCUUGUCGGAGUUGUGACAAAAUGAUAACAGAAAUGUGAUGUUACAGUGAGUGCAGGUUAAGAAAAUGCAGUCACUGCUUUGUUUUCUAUGAUGAUGUAUUUGCUAGAGUCAUGUUUAUUGUAUUAAUCCACUUCUUCCGCAACAGUUUACUUAGAUUUCUUGAGGCCCAAAGUAACUCAUCUGGAAGUGCUGCGGAGAUUGUUUGCUGCCUGUAAAUGACUGUUGACAUGUAUGUACACAUGUACAGUACUUGAAUUAAAUCAUACAACUACAUUCAGAUAUUAGUAAUCAUACAUGUUUUGAUGAAUCGGUUUAGCAAUGACAGAAAAGGCACAGACAUUCAAGUGAUAUGGUCCCUUAUUUUCUUAUUCAGCAUUUGUAGUUUUUCAGUCAUGUCAUAUUUACGUAAGAAUGUGCUUUAUUUUUGUAACCACUUUGCAUUAGCACACACAUUUUCCUGGAAAUGCUAAACAGGUAGAUGUACAAAAUAAAUAUGAUUGGUUAAGCUUUG